AUGCCGAUAGAUCGAGCAGCGAGAUCGAGAGCUCACCUGCGAGGAGAGGGAGGAUUCGUCGCCGCCGAGGCCGAUGCUUGUGUCCUGGAGCUAGGACCAGAUUAUCCCGGUGUUGUAAGGAUCAAUCCUAGCAGAACAUACAAACUCCUCACGACCAGAAGCUGGGACUACAUGGGAGUGAGCGGAGACAAAUCAAAGCAUCCAUUCAUACCCUCGAAUCACUCCUUAUGGGACCAGGGCAAGCACGGCAAAGAUGUCAUCGUUGGGCUGAUAGAUUCUGGAAUCUGGCCGGAAUCUGAGAGCUUUCGAGACCACGGCAUGAACAAAGCUCCCAAACGAUGGAAGGGAACAUGUCAGCCGGGGCAAUUGUUCAACACUUCCAAUUGCAACAGGAAGUUGAUUGGAGCGCGGUACUACUAUAAAGGAUACCUGGAUACCAUAGAUAAUUCUACACAAUUUUUAACAUUGUCAGCAAGGGACGAAACAGGGCACGGAACGCACACCGCGUCAACCGCAGUCGGCCGCUACGUAAAAGAUGUAUCCAUCAAUGGAUUGGCGCGUGGAACCGCUGCCGGAGGAGCUCCAAAGGCGAGGCUUGCAGUCUACAAAGUGUGUUGGGGCAACGAGAACCAGUGCUCCGGUGCUGAUAUUGUUGCGGGUAUAGAUGAUGCCGUGGCUGAUGGAGUGGAUAUUCUAUCAAUGUCUUUGGGGGGUGGCGACGAGGAGUUUUAUGACGAGACAGCCCAGGCAGCACUCUACGCCAUUGCCAAGGGUGUUGUUGUGGUGGCAGCAGCCGGAAACACCGACUUUACAUCCAUACACAACACCGCGCCAUGGUUUAUCACGGUGGGAGCCAGCAGUAUAGACAGAGAUAACACUGGGCGAGUUUCUCUGGCGAAUGGCAAGACUUUUAAGGGAAGGACAUUGACUGCCCAUGGAACUCGCAAGUUCUGCCCAAUUGUUUCCAGUGCACAAGUGAAGGCAGAGAACUCGACCAGUGCUGACAGCUUGCUUUGCAAAGAAGGAACUUUGGAUCCCAUGAAAACCAAGGGGAAGAUCGUGCUCUGUAUGCGCGGCGGCGGCAUCCCCCGGGUCAACAAGGGUGCAGAAGUGUUAGCAGCGGGUGGAAGCGGGAUGAUUUUGUACGAAGACCCAUCACAAGAAAUGGAGCUGGAGGAAGAUCCGCAUGUCGUGCCUGCCGUGCACACCACCAGCGGUUGCAGCAUUUUCAUCUCGAGGUCCAAGCAUGGUAUUCCCUUCAGUGAUCAAGCUUACAUGAGCCCCGGAUUUGUGAAUGCCACACCUUUCGACUAUGGAGCCGGCCACCUUAACCCGUAUGCUGCAGCCCAUCCGGGUCUCGUCUACGAUUUGGAUCCGAAGGAGUACGUUGAGCGCUUUCGUAUAUGUGGCAUUGUUGGUUAUUGCGACACGUUUUCAGCGGUCAGCGAGCUCAACUAUCCGUCCAUUUCGGUGCCGGAGCUCUUUGAAAGCUACACCGUGAAGAGGACCGUGACCAACGUCGGUGACCACCGAUCGAUCUACCGAGUGAGCGUGGAAGCUCCUCCGGGAAUUGCUGUGACCGUCACCCCGUCGGUGCUGGAGUUCACCCGCAAGCGACAGACGAAAUCGUUUGAGGUGAGGUUUGAGCUCGAGAGGAAAGUUAGAACCCCGGACCUCCAUGUCCAUGGGUUCAUCUUUGGCUCCAUGACUUGGAAGGAUCACAGGCACACGGUUAGAAGUCCCAUAGCUGUUAGCUAUGGAGUUAAGUUCGAGACUCCUCCAUAA